AUGGGUGCCGAAGAUGGCCUGCGGCGGCAAAGCGCUGAAUCCAGCGGGUUCGAUGUUGGAGAAGGACCAAGCUCAAGGCAUUCGUUUUCAAAUCAGCGCUCCGCAUCCAUAGAAGGGUUAAAAGAGCACAUGUUUAACUGGAACGAGGAUCACCAUGAUGUCGAUGACGACCAAACAUCUGAGCGUGAGCUCCUGAUGGACCCGGUUUUCCCGGAUGAUGAGGACGGCGAGGUCAUUGAGAUGGGGGCCCGAGGUGCGAGGAAGAGACACGAGGAAGAUGACUCUCCGUACCCCGAGGUUCGAGCAGCUGUGCGAAACUAUGACGAGGACGUGCCUUGUAACACUGUCAGGGCUUGGGUCAUCGGCCUGAGUCUAGUCGGGGUUGGGGCCUCUAUGAACACGCUCUUUUCCUUACGGCAGCCAUCAAUCUCGAUUGGUCCUCUUGUGGCGCAGAUUAUUGCAUGGCCAAUAGGUCAUGCAUGGGCUCGAUUUAUGCCUGAGAGAAAUUUCACAGUUUUUGGUUCUACAUGGACGUUAAACCCGGGUCCUUUCAAUAUCAAAGAACACUCCAUCAUUGGGGUCAUGGCUAGCGUGUCAUUUUCGGUAGCAUAUUCGACUGAUAUUAUCCUUGCGCAGCGCAUCUUUUAUAAGCAGGAUUUUGGAAUCUUCUUUCAGCUUCUACUCACCAUCUCAACCCAAUCCCUGGGGUACGGGAUCGCUGGUACAAUGCGAAAAUUUUUGGUUUAUCCUGCCUCCAUGAUAUGGCCGGCGAAUCUCGUGGCCGUAACAAUGAUGAACGCCAUGUAUGACAAGAAUGAAGUGCGAGACCCCUCCGUCUUGGGUGGUAGCAUGCCCAGAUACCGAUGGUUCUUUCUCGUCACUGUCGUCGCGUUUAUAUACUACUUUAUCCCUGGGUUUCUGGCCCAAUGCUUGAGCGUGUUCGCGUUUGCCACCUGGCUCGCGCCUCAGAAUCCUGUCGUCAACCAACUAUUUGGUGGUACGACGGGAUUAUCUCUGCUUCCCAUCACAUUUGACUGGACCCAAAUCUCCGGCUGGGUUGGAUCACCGCUCAUCCCACCUUGGUAUGCAAUCGCAAAUACCUUGAUCGGUGUGGUUGUCUUUUAUGUCAUUGGAUGUUCUGCGCUUCAUUUCUCAGGGGCAUGGUACGCCGAGUUUCUACCCAUGAGCGACCCAAAUACAUACGACAACACUGGUGCUCCCUACAACACGUCUCGAGUCCUCAACAAGGACUACACUCUGGAUGCAGAAGCGUAUGAGAAGUACUCGCCACUAUUUAUCAGCACCACAUUUGCCAUGUCCUAUGGUCUGUCUUUUGCUGCCAUUUCGUCUCUAGUUGUAUAUACAUAUCUCCACAACGGCAAGCAAAUCUGGAAACAGUACCAGAACAGCUCCAGCGAGAAGCCGGACAUUCAUAUGAAAUUGAUGAAGAAGUACAAGGAGGCCCCAGACUGGUGGUACAUGGGCCUUUUUGUUGUGAUGCUUGCCAUGGGCUUGUUCACCGUAUUGGCGUAUCCUACCAAACUCGCAUGGUGGGCAUUUCUUCUCGCUGUGGCCAUAUCCUUUGGGUUUUCGUUACCAAUUGGCAUUAUCGAAGCAGUCACAAAUAAUCGCAUUGGUCUGAAUGUCCUUACUGAAUUUAUUUUUGGAUAUAUCCAGCCAGGACGACCACUGGCACUAAUGAUUUUCAAAACAUUUGGCUACAUCACCAUGUCUCAAGCGCUCAGCUUCGUCUCCGACCUCAAAUUCGGGCAUUACAUGAAGAUUCCACCACGAACCAUGUUCUUAGCACAAGUUGUCGCCACCACAAUCUCAUGCUUUAUCCAAAUCACCGUCCUCAAUCUCGCACUCGUCCACAUCCCUGAUGUCUGUGACCAACACCAACGAGACCACUUUACCUGUCCCGGCGGCAGAGUCUUCUUUGCAGCCUCCGUAAUUUGGGGCCUCAUCGGUCCAGACCGCAUGUUCUCCCCUGGCCGCAUCUACUCGUCACUAUUCCUCUUCUUCAUCCUCGGCGCCAUCCUCCCCAUCCUCAUUUACUUCGGCGCCAAGCGGUAUCCCAAAUCUCCGCUGCAAUAUCUUAUGGCGCCACUUAUAUUCGGCGGCGCAGGUGCAAUCCCGCCUGCCACGCCUCUAAAUUACUUCUCCUGGGGCAUCGUGGGCUUCAUAUUUCAGUACUGGAUCAAGAAGAGACACUUUGGGUGGUGGGGGCGUCUGAAUUUCCUGACCUCGUGCGGUCUGGACUUGGGACUGGCACUGAGUACGCUGUUCAUCUUCUUUGCGUUUAGUAUGCACGGGAUAGAGCCGCCCAAGUGGUGGGGGAAUGAGGUCGUAGGGUCGACGAUGGAUGCGCAGGGGACGGCGGUGCAGGGUCGUGUUGCGAGUGGGCAGAUGUUUGGGCCGAAGAGUUGGUGA